GUGUUGCUUGUAUUGUAACAUAACGUGCAUGUUUAAAUCGCAAAAUUUUAUGUGGAAAGAGUCAUAAAGUAAUAUUCUAAGCGAUAUUUAAUCAUUUCAUUAAAUAAAUAAAUGUUUUAAGCAUUUUUAAAAAAUUUAUACAUUUGAUUCUUAAAAUUUGACUACAUGCGCCCACGUACUAUUUUGUUAGACGCCUGACCUCAGUCACGGCCACUCAAGCGUGAAAAGUUGCACAGGUCCGGUCCAGGCACAGUCCAAAUUCUAAAUUCUUUACUUUCAUAAACGUGUAAAAAGCAUAACCGGCAAAGCACAUCAAAUAAUAGCCUCACAUGACCAACAACUAUUUUAAAGGCGAUAGACCCAUCUUUAAAGAUUUCUUUACACGUCGAAAGUAAUACUGUUACAGUUUAUUUUCGUCAGAUACAUAAAGAAUAAGAAAAUAAAAUGAAUCUAAAAUGUUAGCGAAAGCAUAGCUCGAUUAUAGAACUUUAAGAGGCAAUUUCUAAGUUAUUCUGGUGCUAAAAUUAAUAAAAUAAACAGUUAUCAUUUCAGUAUUAAUUCUAUUUUUGAUAUCAAUAAUUUUCAACCCUUAUGAUGAAACUCAAAUUAUUAAUCAUAACAUUAUUUUUUUUUAAUUGUUUUGAUUUCACUAAUGUCAGAAGUCAUAUCCUAGCCAAUAAGAUCCUAGCUCAUUCUUCUAUAUCCCUACUAAAACCAUUUCUGGCGCGAAAAUCUUUGACCUCUAGGAGUCUUGAAGAACAAGCCUUUGAAGAAGGUUGUUUCUUGGUAUUUUUGCCAAUAUUACUCCAAUGAAAAGUUGAAAACUCACCUUUUGGGUAUUUUAGUUUGUGGAUUCUAAAUGCCAUACUGCAAUAGUGCAGGAUUAUAAGUGGUGUAGUUAAAUCCCAACUUUUUCAAGGUUCUUUGUUUAAGUGUCCAGUUUUGUAUUCCCGAGAAAAGGCCAAUUCCAUUGGUAAGUCCUAAUAUUUUCAUUUGGCAUCUUGGUUUAUGAUAAUCUACAUAUUACACAUGUAAUUUUAUAUAAGUAGACUCACGCAUACCGUUAAGUUUAACCAUCAAUGCUUAUAUCUACUUACUCUAUUGGCGAUUACUCAAUCUGGGUAUUCUUCCACUUUCAGGCUUUUUUUUUUAUCUCCCGGUAUGGUCUUUAUCCACUAUUAUAAGAAGUAGAAAUCUCCACUCAUCUACUCCAAUAACGUCCACAACAUCUACAUUGACAUUCACUGUUAAACCGAUCCACCCAGGUCCCCCAUCGCAAUCAUGCAGCCCUUUUGGAGCCAGGUUUGAUCAAUGUUUGUGACGUAUAGUGAACCAUGCAGUCAGUAAAACAACCUAACCAGUAAACCAAAGUCCUAUCAACAUUCAUUAGCUUUACUGUAGUAUAUUAGACUAAAUACUAACCUCAAAAUUACAUUGUUAUCACUCUCAUUAUUAGAUUUUACUACCACACCGUUGUUUUGAAUAGUUUCAUAAUAACUAGGUGCAUAUUAGUUAUUUUAUUGAAAUAGACCGUAUAGAUCUUGUAAACUGGAUAAAUAGGCCUAUUUCGAAAGUACUCACGCGAACUUUUAGCCCCAAACAACAUAAUAUAAGAUUUUAGUCUUGAUAAUAAAUAUAGUGUCUAAUAUUUAAGAAGGGCAACAUAACUUGUUUUUAAAAUAAUAUGUUUGAUUAUUAACUUUUCUUUUAAUAUAGAUUUACUUAAAACUGUCUGUUCUUCCUUGUGAGAUUUUCUUUCAGGUUUAUAGGUAUAGUGCUUUUAGUAAUUUCCUGUUUUCUUGAUCAUCGGGAUUUUCUUAUCCAUCUGGGAUAAAACAGGUGGCGCUUAUAUUUUAUUGAACUCUUGUUGAAUCCACGCCACUCUACCAAAGUGGUUAGUGCUAGUCGGCUUCCCUUUGAGAACAUCCCCUGAGCUGUCUCUAUAGUCUAUAGUAAGUCUCCCUCCUUCCAUUGGUUCCCUUGUACCCACUUUCUAACCCUCACUUCCCAUAUCUUUACUCUCCUUUUUCCUUCCUGUUAUUACCCAUCCCUCCAUUCAAAUAUAAUUUAAUCCAAGUAUAAUUAAAGCAAUAUUAAAGUAAUAAAUUGUUAUUGAUUAAUUAUAAUUAUUAAUUCUUUAUAUUUUUUAUUUCUUUUAUUUAACAAUACAAAAACAGCCCAAAAAUUUAUUUGGGUACGGCCCCGUAAUUCUCAAAAUUAAUGGGAUAGAGAUCGAUACACAAUCACUUGCACAGCCUAAAGUAGGAAUCGCCAGAACGCAGAUGUUUUAUCUUUAUUUAAUAGACUGACUAAAAAGAGGUGACAAGUCUGUGAGUGCUGGAAGUAUUUGAAAUAUUUUGUAAGAUGCUUGGAUUUUAGUCCGCGUUUCAAUUUUUUGAUAUUAUUUUCUUUCUAAAAACUGACAUUUUCGAAAGAAAAAUAAAAAAUAGUAUAAAACAUGGAGUUUUACGUAUAUUUAAAAUGAUUUCAUAGAUGAACAAUAUAAAAUUUUGGCAUUUAAACAUGUAUAUCAUGCGACAAUAAAUAUGACAUAGGCGCACGGACUAGUUAGUGCGGCAUCUGCGACACAUCAAAGAUUCUAAUAGAUCUCUGAACUGGACUUUACAUUACCAACGCGGUCCUUACUCUGUCGGUGUUGUACAGGGUGGCCAGAUAAGGAUGCAAAGUGCUGUAUUUUGGAAACUAUUCGUCGUAGAGACUUGCGGUAAAAAAUAUUAUAAAUAAAGUGGUAAAAAUAAUACCGUGGAAAAUAUUUUUAGAUUUCCAAGAUGAUCGCCAGGGGGUGUAAUCGCCAUCUUAAACUUUUUAAGUGAUUUUUCACUGAAAUCUACCCAGUAAAUGUUACAAAAAAAUAAACGCUUUUUAAAGCUCAGCUCUACUCAAAUAAUUUUUGUUUAACACUUUGUGACGUAUCUAUUAAAAUAAAGUGGUGGGGGGUAAUUCAAUGUUUUUUAAAAUAAACAACUGUAACUCCUAAACGACUGAACGAAUUUUAAUAAACUUGGUCUCGUUGGAAAAAACGUUUAUUGCUACAUCAAAUCCGUCUUAUCUGUGAUAUAUCUAGUGCUUAGUAAUGCCGCUAGAGCGCGUUUUUUGAUCUAUUAAGAGAAAAUUGCAAAAUUCUCUAAAAAAUUAAAUGCAAUAAUAUGACUUUUUUUUUCAUAAAAAUGUAGUGAAAUGAUAGCUUAAUAGGCCAGUGAAAACCGCAUCUCGAUAUCUUAUUCGUAACCUGAAAUAUCGAAGAAAGAAUAUUUAGUUAUCAUAUAAUUUUAAUAAGACGCUAUUACACCGAUAUUUAUUGUUAUUUAUUUGUCUCUUUUCAAGGUUCAAUGAUAAGAUGUCUUAAUUUAAUAAUUUUUAAAUAAUUAAAAUAUUCUUUGUUCAAAAAAUUAAAAAAAAACGCGUAGGGGCAUAAUCAAUGCAUAUAAGUGCAAGGUAGGCAGAAUAUUGAAGAGGAGGCCAUGACGGAAAAAAGAAAUGCCUAAAAUUAACUUGUCAAUAAAUAUUAAAAUUAGGCAGUGCAAUUUGUGUUCGUUGCACACAUAAGUAAAGCGUUAAAACUAUUAAAAUGCCUUUUACUAAUGAUGAAGCUGUCGAUAUGAUUGCGGUAUAUUUUGAAUGUCUUCAAAAUGCGGCAUUGGCUCAAAGGGUAUACAGAGCUCAAUAUCCAAAUCGGCGUUUACGCGAUGCGGGAAUUUUUCCGCGUUUAGUGCGAAAUUUGCGUAAUACUGGCAGCUUUCGACCUCAGUUGCGAAGACACUCGGCUAGAACAAGGGAAGACAAUAUUAUUAAUGUCUUAGCAUACGUGGAAUUCAAUCCCCACGUUAGUAUCAGAGCAAUGUCUCAUUCACUCUAUUCUAAACAUUUUAAAGGAUCACAACUAAAUUUUUAUGUCACAAACAUAUGUGGGGUAUAAACGCAAAACGCGACAUGUCCAUUUUUCAACGAAAAUGACCUUCAUGUGCACCCAGAAAGUGUAUAAAUUUCUCUAUCUGCCACUAAUAUAUUUGCCUGCAAACCACGACAUUUACGCUUAUAAACGCUCGUUAAAAAUUUCGGUUAAACGCAAAAUGCGACAUCGCAACCUGCAUUUGAGAUGCAAAAUGCGACGUUGUCCACACGACCAAUCAGCGAGCAGCUUACUAACACCUGAUAAAUCGUAUGUUUUGGUAUAAACGUAUUAUUAUUUUUUUCUUUACAAGCAUGCAAGCACGAGGGUGAAAUUUGUUGAUAUUCUGUGCGUGUGUUUUCAUAAUUAUUAUAAAUAUAAUGGCCGAUAACAACAAGAAACUCUUGCCGGAUACCCAAAAUCGAGCUCGAAAAAGAUCUUUUCAACCACAAGAAUGGAAAAGGGAAAAAGCUAAAGUAGCAAGAUAUUGCGGCGUUCACUUUACAGUGUUACUAUUUUGCCAAGAGUUUGCAGACGGUAGCUCAGAAUUAUUGGAGGCUUGGGAUUGUUCGAAGGUUCACUUAUGACUGGCUAUUAAAGAAUAUAAUCUUAAUUAUAACUAUUAAAUAAGAGGGCGCCACUUAGUUUUUUUUUUAUAAAUGAAGAAAACUAAGAAAAACACUUGGUAUAUAGGUUUCAAUUAACAAUUAAACGACCCUGGAUAAAGUAGAUUUAAAGAGGCAAAAAAAAUAUCUUAACAAUACAACCAAAUUAUAUUUACAUCAAAGAUAUGUAUACACCUCAUGUUCUAAUCUGUUAAAUGUUAAUAAUUUAUUAUGAAUUAAAAUAUGAAUAAUGUUGAUAUGAUUAAAAAAAUAAGUUUGACAAAAGUAACAUUUAAAUUGUGAUUUCACUAUUAGGUAGAUUUCAGCACUUGAAAAAUAAAUUGCAAUUACUAAAGUUUCUAGUAAAUAUUUGUAUUACGCAGGGGAAAGUUCAUGAACCUUUUUACCUAAGGCAUAUCAGCCUUAACCGAGUUAUAUCUACUUAACUACUAAAAAAGGUACUGAAAAAUACUGAACAAAAAUAACUAAAAUUAUAGAUAAGAAAUUGACAUAUUAAAUUAUGAUAUUGAUUAAAUAUUUGUAGCAAUAAAUUUAAAUUAAAAGUAUAUUAAUAAAAAUUUAAAUAAGUGAGACAAAUCUAUGGUUAGUAAUAUUUAAAUAAAUGGAACAGACUGGCCUGUAUAUUCCUCCAAGAAAUGAACGGCUGGCCUUCAAAAUCGAGGCUGUGAAUGUAUGCCAUUUGUAGCUUAGCUAUCUGGACUGGGAAUCUCUAAUACUAGCUCUAACUCUGGCUCCAGCUCCACAGCUUACAGCAAUUUCUCGGGGAAAUCAAAAUCCUGCAGCCAUCAACAAAUGAAGAAGAACAAAGAGAAAAACGGAAAAGUAAAACCCUAAAACAAAUGUCAUUGUAUUCACUGUCGAUAAAAAUGAAGGGCGUUCAAAAUGUGACACACUCACCUUGCUAAGUUUCAUUAUCCAUCCAUCAAAAUCUCGGGCAUCCUGCACCAGAAUUAUAAAAUAAACAGUUCCCUAAAGAAACAAGAUUAAGGACUAUAAAUUAUAAACCAUAUUGGCCACUUCCUGCUUCACAAACUUCGGAAAUAAAAAACUGGCCUUUUACGUGCGCUUCUACCUGCGACACGGGAACAAGUCCUCGAAAAAUGGAUGCAGUACCGACUAAAUAAGUUACGACCCCACCUCUCGCCUGAGCUGUCAAUGUCAAUCCAAUCAGAGAAAACAUUAAUUAAGACCAACCAGAAGAGUGACGGACCGUCAACAGAAAGCAUGAAUAAUAAAACCAGGAGAGUGAUGCGUUACAGUAGUAAUGUGUCAUUGACAGUGUGAAUUUAAAGAAAUAUCGAUAAAAGAAGUUGACUGAAAUUAUUAAUAUAAUUAUUGAAAUUAAUGAAAUAUCAAUGGAGCGUUAGUGAAAAUAAGAGUAGAAAAAUAAAACGCUACAAUAUUCACCUAAAUCUUUACCAGAAUUUCCCAAAUGUGGACAUAGGGAAAGUAAUGGACCAUUUCUAUGCUAGCAUCUUACCAUGAACGAUAUGAAGGAGUUUUAUAGAAGUUUUUAUUCAAGCAAGCUGACCAAGAUGCAUUUCUUUUAAGAGUAGAGGACGUGCUGCUAGUAAGCCAAAAGCAGUGUCUUUAACCUAUAAGGUACGACAGCAAGACGGUAAAGCAGUUCAAGUAUGUAGGGAGGCAUUUCUGGGUAUCUUAGGAGUGAAAAAGGACAGAAUAUUGCGCCUGGUGAAAAAGUUUAUAAACACAGGAACAGCGCCAAAGGAGAAUCGUGGCGGUGAUCGUGUUAUGGGGAAAAACGAUGACAAAAAUGUUUGCAUGAAGACAUUCAUUGAAUCAUUAAGGUGCACCGAAAGUCACUAUUGCCGCUCUGAUAGUCCACUUCGUGUUUAUUUGCCUUGUGACUUAAACAUAAAAAAACUAUGGAAUGUCUACAACGAACAAGCUGAGCCUGAUCAAAAAGUGAAGCAGUGCUACUUUCGAAAAUAUUUUAAUAGGAAAUACAACGUUGGAUUCGGAACACCUCAAACAGAUCUUUGUUCAACCUGUCUUCAAUAUAAAGAAAAAAUUAGGAGAUGCACGGAUCCUAAGGAAAAGCAGUCAUUUAUUACAAAUCACAGAGUCCAUACUCUUCAAGCCAAAAGCUUCUUUGCUUUUCUCAAACAAAACUCCGAUGAAGUAGUAAAUAUUUCUUUUGACUGUCAAAAAAAUUUACCCCUACCGAAAUUACCCGAUCAGCAGGCCUAUUUUUCAAUGCAAAUUAACUUUUUUAAUUUUGGAGUUGUCAUAGACAAAGGUUUGUCAUUAACAAAAGAAAACGUGAGGUGUUAUACAUGGACAAAAGUCGAAAGACCCAAGAGCUCCAAUGAGAUUGCAUCUGCUAUUCAUCAUACUCUAAGUACGGAUGAGUUUAAAGCUACUAACAAAAUCAUUCGACUUUUCUGCGAUGGUUGUGGGGGGCAGAAUAAAAAUUCGAUUUUUAUCGGAAUGCUUUGCAACUGGUUUAAUUCCAAUGCGCCUCCGAACAUUGAAGAGAUACAAGUAUUUUUCCCUGUAGUAGGUCAUUCUUUUAUGCCACCUGACAGAGUUUUCGGCAAUAUCGAAAAAGUAGUCCGAAGAACUGCGGAGAUCCUAGAACCUUCUCAUUACGUGAACAUGAUAAAAGAUCGGGCAACAGUUUUUAAAAUGGGUGUAGAUUUUCAGGUUUUCGACUGGAAAACUGAAAUAAAAAAAACUUUAAAACCUACUACACAAUGGCACUUCAAAUUUAAACCAGCAAAAAGAUUCGUUCUAACCAAAAAUAAAUUAGGCACGGUUUUAGUCUGAGGCGAAGCAUUAUACAGGAGUGAUUUAGAACAAGCAAAAGGUAUUUGUAGAAAAGGGAAGCGAAUUGAAGCAGUAAGGCCUAAAACACUCCAAGUUGGACUGAGAAUAAAAGAAGAUAAAAUUAAAAGCAUUUCAAACUUAUUAAAGACUCACUACGGGGAUGAAUGGAAAAUCAAACAAAGCAUUAGGUUAUUUCAAAAAUAUUUUCGACAGCAAUGUAGAAAAUAAUUUUGAAAGGCAGGUUGAUGCCGAUGAGAAUGAAAUAAUAAGUGACGAAGAAAUUAAUAUCUAAAAAUAAGUUUUUGUAAAAGUUUUUUUUAUUUUAAUAAAGUUUUUCUAAGUGACUUGGUUUUUUUUCCUAAUAAAAAACGGGAGCUAAUAAUUUUAGUAAGUUGGGUUUAUCAUUGCUCUGCUCGAUUGUUGUGUGCAAAAUAAGACAUGUCCAAGCCUUAGUUUCAGAAUGCGACAUGUCCAAAAUAUAGCUCUAAAUUAAAAGAAGCCUAAUGAUUAUGCAUUCAUCAAAAUGGUAGGGUAGACAUAUUUAACAAUUCAGUUUUAAACAAUAAUUAAAACUUAUUUCAAUAAAGCAAUGAAAACCUCGAAAAAGGUUUUUUUUAGUUUUCUCAAAUUGUAAUCUAAUGGACAUGUCGCGUUUUGCAUUUAUACCCCACUUAUACAUAUUUCGCAAUGUGUUUUUUCAAAUUUUUAGACUGCGCCCAUAUCAUAUGGUUUUAUAUCAAACCUUGAAUCACGGAGACUUUGACCGAUGGUUAGAUUAUUGUCAUUUGGAUGUUGGGCAGCAUUAGGGAAAAUAAAGAAUUUUUAUCCGAAAUUCUUUGGACAGAUGAGGUCACUUUUAGGAGUGAUGGAAACAAUAAUUUGCAUAAUAUGCAUUAUUGGUGUGACAACAAUCCUCACUGGUUGCGGGAGGUCCAACAUCAAGGCCAUUGGAGUCUCAAUGUGUGGUGUGGCAUUCUGGGCGAAACUAGUAUAGGUCCCUAUUUCCUUGAUCAACCACUAAAUGGUGCCGUAUUUCUUGAUUUUCUGGGGAACCAUUUGCCUCUUUUAUUAGAAGAUAUACCCCUGCAAUUACGACAAAAUAUGUUUUUGCAACUAGACGGUUGUCCAGCACAUUUAUCAAGAAAUGUGCAAGAACAAGUAGAUUUAAGAUUUCAACAAAGGUGGAUUGGCCGAGAAAGUCUAUUUCAUUCCCAGACCUCACCUGUUUGGAAUUAUACCUACGGGGUCGGUUGAAAGAUAUUGUUUACCAAAUUGAACCAACAACUAGAGACGACAUGAAAAUAGGAAUAUAAAAAGCCAUUUACAGCCUAUCAAGAGCAGAAAUUGAAGCUGCUGUAAUGUGCACGCAUAAGCGGCUCCAACAAUGCAUUAAGUUUGAUGGAAGACAGUUCGAGCAUUUAAGGAGGCAUUACUUUUAUUUCAAAAUCAGUCAUUUUUGUUAUUAUUCCCAUACGCGUUUUUUUAAAAACUUUUUGAACAAAGAAUAUUUAAAAAUUAAUAAAUUAAAACAUUUUAUCAUUGAACCU